UCGACAUCGCCAUGGCCUUGCACGCGGCUAGAUGGAGGGCGGUGGGCGCGGCGCUCAUGGCGGCCGUUGUGGUCUGUGCUCUCGUCGCUUCGUUGAGAUGGAACAGCUCCUCUUCCCGCUCUGUCCUUGCGUCCUCUGCAGGAGAGAAGCCAAAGUCUGAGUUCAAGAAGGAUUGGAAGCGCUGGUUGAACCGAGUAGACAUGCAGGUCAAGGCCGCAGUUCAGCUCUCAAACGGCCUCAGCCAGGCUAAGAAGGCCAAGCUUGUUGAGUUUGUCCAUGAUGAUCUGGUUGGAGAUAUGAAGAGGGAGCAGAAGAUUGUGAAUGACCUUGACAAGAAGUAUGGCGUUCGCGUUUCUCCAGAUCUCAAGUUCUCAUCCAAGACCGAGAGCUCCAAGGCCGCUCAUGAGGCCGCUCAGCCGGCGACCCAUGCAGCCGUCCACCACAAGGCUGCUGCUCAUCAGGGCAAGAACGCUCCCUACAUCAAGAUUGCGGACAAGCAGGCGAUCGACCAUCCCUUGUCCUCCGGAAACAGGGAGGGUGUUGCUGAAUUCGGCAGGGUCAUCUCAACCAAGGUUGCCAGGGACGAUGCGAAGAUUGCGCAGGCCAAGGCUGCAGUUUCGCGUGCUGAGCACAGGCUGGAAGCCGAGGAGAAGUCUUCGAUGUCUGCAGCUGAUGUGGUUGCUGUCGAGAAGUCUGCUCCUGUUGCAAAAUCCCACCGCGCCAGAGCUGCUCACGCUCAGCACAAGAUCGCCAGCAAGGCUGCUUCCAAGCAUGCUGAGCCUCAGGACAACCUCUCCAAGCACGUCUUGGCGAUGAAGGUGCCGUACAACAAGGCUAAGGCAGAGGCAGAGGCUCAGCAGGAGGAGUCCUCAUGGGAUUCCACUCUCAGCAAGCUGGGGUUGGCAUCGAAUGUUCAGACUGCCAAAAAAGAUCCGUUCAAAUUCCCCUCCCAACUUCGUCUUCCCGGACAGAGCUCUUAAAGCUCCUUCAGCUAAGAACAGUGAUUUUCAGUAAAAGAAAAAAAU